AUGUUUAAAGCACAAGAGAAUAUAAAAAAAUUGAUUACAUCUGGAGGCGAGGGUGAUAAAGGUGGAAAUGGAGGACAUGGAGGUAAUGGCCAUGAUGGAAAGAAUGGUGAUCUUGAUAUACCAGGUGGAGAUGGUGGAAAUGGAGGUGAUGCAGGUUUAGACGGAUUUGGUGGACAUGCUGGUGAGGUUCAUAUAGAAGAAAAUAGAAAGAUUAUUCAUGAUAAUCAUCAACGUGUUGACAAAAUCGAAUCAAUCGAUAAAUCGAAUAGAAGUGCAGAACAUGGAAAACCUGAUGAAGGUGGAAAAGGUGGUGUAGGAGGAUAUGAUGGUGUUGAUACUCUCUAUUAUAAAUGUCAUAAGUUUGCUCCAAUAGAGACUUGUG